AUGGGGUGGUUCUUCAGAAGGUCGUACACUCAUACCUAUAAGGCCAAGGAUCGAGAGCUGAUGGAUAUUCGACUCAAAGCUCAAUACUUCACGGAUCCGUGUAAGUAUGAACCAAACAUAUUUCGUAGGCGAUAUAGAAUGCAACCUUGUGUCUUUGACAGGAUGAUGUGCGACUUGGCCAACUACGACUCAUAUUUUGUUCAAACAAGAGAUGCUUGUGGGAGUCUCAACUUAUCCACUAAACAAAAGCUGACAUGCGCCAUGAGAAUGCUCGCAUAUGGCAUCACAACUGAUUUCUGCGAUGAUUACCUAGAUAUUGCGAAGACCACUGCCUUUGAGAUUUUUGAGCACUUCAAAAAAGCAAUCUGGAAUGUGUACCAUGAGACUUACCUCUACUGA